AUGGCAUGGAACAACCCACCACUCAAUCUAAAGCCAAGAUGGCCGCAAUUUAAACACAGGACUAAGCCAUCAGUCAUCUCUUGCUCUUCAGCUGGCCUUGGAGGACAGGCGACAGUUCCACUGACCCUCCUUGUCUUAUUGCUUGCUGGCCUCAGUGCGGCCGGUCCGCCGCAGCCAGCUCGCCCGCCUCUCCUGUCCGGACAGCCUUUUAUCAUUUUCUGGGGCAUCCCAGAUUCCUCCUGCACCAUGAGGCCGGACCCCGCUUCUUUUGGGAUGGAACGCGAGGGCCGUGUGGCCGUCUUCUACGAGGACACGCUGGGAAGCUACCCCUAUUUUAUCGACAAAGACACGAGGGUCAAUGGGGGUUUACCGCAGCACACGCGGCUGGACAGCCAUCUUCAGAAAACUCAGAUGGAUUUAGAUGCAGCUUUGCCUACGCCCAGGUAUCUCGGGCUGGGCGUUUUACGCUGGGCCGAGUGGCUACCGCAGUGGUUAAGAAAUCGAGAGAAGAAGGCCGUGUAUCAGGAAGCAUCGAGGAACUUGCUGAAAGCCUUCUUUCCUAACUGGACCCCGGAGGAAGUGGAGAAGUGGUCGCGGGUGGACUUUGAGGCAGCAGCCCAGUCAGUAAUGAUGGAAACCCUGAGAGAAAUCAGACGGCUGCGACCCAAAGCAUUGUGGGGCGUCUCCCCUUACCCGAGCUGCUACAAUGGCGAUUUGGCCCAAACCGCGUUAGCCAACUACAGCGGCCAGUGCUCCCCUGCUGAAAAGACCCUCAAUGAUGAGCUUCUCUGGCUGUGGAAGCGAUGCUCCGCCCUUUACCCUCUUCUCACCCUGGAGAAGCUGCAGGGUGGAACAUCUGGAGGGAAGCUUUAUUUGACCAGUCAAAUCCAGGAGGCGCUACGAGUUUCCUCUCUGGCUGGAGUAUCGUUCGAUCUUCCCGUGUUUCCACUGGUCAACAGUGUGUACGCCUCGACCAACACGUUCCUUUCUCAGGCAGACCUGGUCAGCAGCAUUGGGGAAAGCGCUGCCAUGGGAACAGCCGGGGUGGUCAUCUGGCAGAGAAGUGAGACCAGGACCGAUAGAGAAUGUCAAGACCUGGCAGAGUUUGUCCGCAAGCUCUUGGGACCUUACUCUCUCAACGUAACCACAGCAACCGGCCUCUGUUCAGCCUCCCUUUGUGAAGGAAAAGGCAGAUGCGUCCGUCAGAAUCCGAACAGCUCCGCCUACCUCCACCUUCCACCGCCCCCUGACGUGAUGGAGAAGGCGGAAGCAGCCAAAGCCACAGACGAGCCCGAUCCAGACUUUAAGGCAGCUGAACCGGACCCAGCCGAGAUGUGGAAGAAAGACUUCCAGUGUCAGUGGUACAAGACUACAGAUGGGGACGUCUCAGAUCAAUCCCCUAAAGAUGGAGCCUCUGUCAGCGGGACACUUGAGCAAAUUUCCAGAGAGCUCAGAGGGACUGCAGCAACCUUUACAACAGAUUCCAUAACAAAAGGUGCCCCCACGAUGGAGCCGAGUGGAAGCGCUUCGGCACCGAUGGAGCCGAGUGGAAGCGCUGCGGCACCGUUGGCUUCAAACACUUUCAAUGUUUUGUUGUUGCUGGUGACUGCUUGUCUUUUGUGAACUGAAGCAAACUUCAAUUAUGAGGAUUAAACAGAUGUGCCUUUAAUCAGGACAGCAGACAUAUCAUGAAAGUCUGUACAAAACUUUCUGAGGAUGUGCCAAUGCACAGUGAUACUGUAGCACUUGUCACUUUUUUCCAGUUGGGAUACAGUACUGGUGGAAAGCUGCUUGAUG